AUGUCCACCUCAAAAGCCCCCGAGGCCUCCGCGCCGACGCCAGACAAGGCUGAACUUCCCGUCGCGAUUGUCUGCGUAGGCAUGGCCGGCAGCGGCAAGACGACCUUCAUGCAGCGUCUCGUCUCCCAUAUCUACACCCACCCCGACCCCGCGCAAAGCGAACCUUCCGUCUCCAAGACUGCUUCACCGACCCCUCCAUACAUAAUAAACCUUGAUCCUGCCGUGCAUCAUGUGCCGUUCACGCCGAACAUCGAUAUCCGCGACAGCGUCAACUACAAGGAGGUCAUGAAGCAGUUCAACCUGGGGCCUAAUGGCGGAAUCUUGACCAGUCUGAAUCUGUUCAGCACAAAGAUCGACCAGGUCAUCGGGCUGUUGGAGAAGCGCACACAGCCGCCACCGCCGGUCAAGGAGACGGAGCAGACAACUGUCGAGUUCAUGACGAAUAGCGGGAAAGAAAAGGCAGCAGCACCUGCGCAGCAGCAACAAGUGAAGCACAUCCUCGUCGACACGCCAGGUCAGAUCGAAGUCUUCGUCUGGUCAGCGAGUGGAGAAAUCCUGCUCUCGAGUUUAGCAAGCACAUUCCCCACCGUCAUCGCGUAUAUCAUCGACACUCCACGAACCACAAGCACAAGCACCUUCAUGUCCAACAUGCUGUACGCCUGCUCGAUCCUCUACAAGACCAAACUCCCCAUGGUCCUCGUCUUCAACAAGACCGACGCACAAGACGCCGAGUUCGCCAAGAAAUGGAUGACUGACUUCGAAGCUUUCCAAACCGCCCUGCGCGACGAAGAAGAAGGCGGCACUUUUGGCGGCGACGGCGUCGGCGGUGGAAGCGGCUACAUGGGCAGUCUCCUAAACAGCAUGUCCCUCGUUCUCGAAGAGUUCUACAAGCACCUCAGCGUCGUCGGCGUCAGCGCCAUGACAGGCGACGGCGUCGACGACUUCUUCCGCAGCAUCGCCGCCAAGAAGGAAGAAUUCCAGCGCGACUACCAGCCUGAACUCGAGCGCCGCCGCGCAGAGCGCGAGCAGGAGAAGCAGAAAUCCCGCCAGCGCGAACUCGACAAGCUCAUGAAGGAUAUGAAAGUCGGCGGCGCGGGCACGAAACCCAAACCCAAAUCUAGGCCCAAUAAAGAAGAGCCGGAGACCGUCAGUGAUGUGGAGGAUCAGGACUCGGAUGAUAGCAUGGAGUACCGCGCUCACGAGGAUGAUGAGGAUAGCGACAACCCGGACGGCUCGCUUGAAGAUCGGUAUCAGCAGGCUCUCAAGAACGCAGGCGCGGGUCAGGACGACGACAUGAGCUUUGCACGAUACAUGCAGGCUGCCAAGUUUGGUUGA